AUGGAGCUAACCGCGAAGACACGAUGCUGGCUGCUCCUAGUAGCCAAAGGCUGCGAGGAGGUGGUCCCAGAGGCUGCAACUCGAGACACCGAAAGACGGAUGGAAGCUAACAAAGGGAGGCCCGGGGUCUGCUCCAUCCAAACACUGUUGAAGCAAGACACAGACAUGGAAUCUCCGGGGCGCUGCUCUUUGUUUCGAUUUUUUAAGACAGGGUUUCUCUGUGCAUGGCCUGCUGUGAAGUGCAGUUCUUCAUCAGAACUUCAGUCUGCUCCCAAGAUCAUCCCUAUGGGAUCUAUUUGUGUAGUGUCAUCUGUCACCUUCCCCGAAGUCACCCUUCUCUUCACUUCAAUGUACUUAGAGGGGAAUACUGCUGCACCAAAUAAUGCCACUGCCUUCAAAUACUUCUCCAUGGCGGCCAGCAAGGGCAAUGCAAUUGGUCUUCAUGGACUUGGUCUCCUUUACUUUCAUGGAAAAGGUGUUCCUGUGAAUUAUGGUGAAGCACUUAAAUACUUCCAGAAAGCUGCAGAGAAGGGAUGGCCUAAUGCACAGUUCCAGCUAGGCUUCAUGUACUACUCUGGCUUUGGAGUAUGGAAGGAUUAUAAACUUGCCUUCAAAUAUUUUUACUUGGCCUCUCAGAGUGGGCAGCCUCUCGCCAUUUAUUACCUAGCCGAGAUGUACGCCACUGGAACAGGGGUGCUGAGAUCAUGCAGAACGGCGGUGGAGCUGUAUAAAGGUGUCUGUGAGCUAGGCCACUGGGCUGAGAAAUUCCUGACAGCCUACUUUGCCUAUAAGGAUGGCGACGUAGACUCUUCUCUUAUUCAGUAUGCACUGCUUGCAGAAAUGGGAUACGAAGUAGCUCAAAGCAAUUCAGCAUUCAUUUUGGAAUCUAAGAAGGCUAAAAUUCUGGGAAAAGAGAAGAUGUAUCCAAUGGCACUUCUGCUAUGGAACCGAGCCGCCAUUCAAGGGAAUGCUUUCGCAAGAGUGAAAAUUGGAGAUUACCAUUACUAUGGUUAUGGGACUAAGAAAGACUAUGAAACGGCAGCCACACACUACAGCAUCGCAGCAGACAAGCAUCACAGUGCACAAGCCAUGUUCAAUCUGGCCUACAUGUAUGAACAUCGCUUGGGUAUCGCGAAGGACAUUCACCUGGCCAGAAGAUUGUAUGACAUGGCUGCUCAGACAAGCCCAGAUGCUCACAUUCCUGUGUUCUUUGCCCUUAUGAAACUGGAAACUAUGCAUUUGCUCCGAGAUAUUCUGUUUUUUAAUUUCACCAUGAGAUGGAAAUGGCUGAAACUGGACAACACCGUCGGACCAUACUGGGAUUUAUUUGUGAUUGGCCUAAUUGUUGCCAUGCUGAUCUUCUUGCUUAGAAAUCGCCAUAGGUAGGCUCUGGACCAUCAGGAAACCUGCUCACAGGUUUAUGCCAAGCUAUCCUCACCCAAUAAAGAAUUUCCUCAUCCAAA